UUUUGGAUGUAGUUUCUUGGACAUUUUAGGGUUGCCAUGGUGAACGGGGAGGCUUGCCUCGGCGGCCCAUAAUUCGCAGAGAGUCUGCCUGGAUGUGACAUGUCCUUUUCAGCCGGGCAUUGUUUAGAUGCUGAUUUACGUGUGUUUGUUGCACUUUACCACCACCUCCUCCACACCUCCAGCAGAGGCUGCAGACUCUUAAAGGAUCAACAGCUCCUGAUGAAACACAAGUUAUGAAGAGGUAAUCAUUUUCCCAUCUAGCCCUUCCCUGCUCCCUCCCAGUAGGCGUUUCUACAACCCGGAGGAGUCCAAUCACAGAGCAACCUCUUACUCCAUCCCUCCAUGGUCAGCCUGUUAAGGACUUUUUGUAUUCACAUUCUUUUUUUCUUUUUUUCUGCCACCCCUCAUUGAGCCACUUGAGCCUGGAGCAGAUGGAAAGAUUGUAGAAGGAGGAAAGUAAGCAGGCAGCUGAGAUAGAAAGGAUUGGCAGAAGCCAUGCAGAGAGUGAGGCAGCCCUGCUACAAUGCUUGAUGAACUGAACCACUGACCACCAGAAAGUCUGUUUUCCACUUCAGCACCCUGAGAGACAGAGGACUCAGACGGGACAGCCCUGAGGGGAGACAUCAAACUCAUCGCCCCCAAGCUGACGGCAAACAAGCCAGGACGUGGAAAGCAAAGGAAAGAAAGAGUCCACAGAUGAGAGUGAAGGCAGAGAGGUUUAAGGAGGUGAACAGAGGGACCAGAUAGUGAAGAGAAAGUAUCAGGUGUGUCCAUAAAGACUGCUCAAAGGAAGGGGGUGACACACCGGUCAACUGAGCAAAGCCUGUUGCAAGUGAAGCAGGGAGUGAAAGAGUGAGCGCAGACAGAAGUAGAAGGACUCAGCUAGUGAAGGAUGGCCAACUCAGGUCUCCAGUUGUUGGGUUAUUUUCUGGCAUUGGGCGGCUGGAUUGGCAUCAUCUCCACCACCGCCUUGCCUCAGUGGAAGCAGUCAUCGUACGCCGGAGAUGCCAUCAUCACGGCCGUGGGUCUGUACGAGGGUCUGUGGAUGAGCUGUGCCUCGCAGAGUACAGGACAGGUGCAGUGCAAGAUCUUUGACUCCAUGCUCUCGCUGGACUUCCACAUCCAGACAUGCCGAGCCCUUAUGAUAGUGUCAGUACUGAUGGGCUUUAUCGGGAUCAUCGUCAGCGUGGUGGGCAUGAAGUGCACUAAGGUGGGAGAUAACAACCCUACUACUAAAACCCGCAUUGCUGUCACUGGAGGGGUCCUCUUUCUACUCGCAGGACUGUGCACACUGGUGUCUGUGUCCUGGUAUGCCACUCAGGUGUCCUAUCAGUUCUUCAACCCAAACACACCGCCUAAUGCCAGGUAUGAGUUCGGCUCAGCUCUGUUCGUAGGCUGGGCGGCAGCCAGUCUGACAGUCCUGGGCGGCUCCUUGCUGUGCUGCUCAUGCUCUAAAGACGACAUGCGAGGGCAACAAUAUUACCGCCAAUCACAGCCUUCCACAACCAGGGAACCAAAUGUUAAAAGUACCCCACCAGAGAAAAGGGAGCAGUACUUGUAGUUUGGGAGAGUCUUCUGGCCUUACCAUGGUUUAGAUUCUGUCAACAGGCAAAACCCUCUCACUGAGGAAUUCAAAACAGACAAACAGACACUGUUAUAGAAAGAAGUGAUGAACAGCAACUAUACGACAUAAAUUAGCUUCUCUUUUGAUGUAAAAUUUAUUUAGGAAGGUUCUAAUUUUAGAGUGGAUUGACAAAGAUCCUUGUCUUGUCUGUUUUGUUGACUUUGGGAGAGACACUCAUUCAGGGUAUGUUUUCUAUAACAUUGUUAAAAAUGCCCGGGUGUAUAUACCACCUUCUUUUUUUUUAUUUUUACUACAUAUAUAAUGUUUUACUACAGUGCCUUAUAACACAUGUUUGUGCACAUGUUUGUUUUUGCCUUAUAGUCCCAUCCCAUCCCGUCUGAGGGGUGUGUGUCCACAGUCCCUCUGCCAGCAUUUCUGUAUGCCUUUUUUUCUAUUGUUGGAAUUCUGAAAAUGAAUGUGAAGCUAUCCUACAGUACCACUUAUGAAACAACCAACACAUACAUACAUACAUAUGAUAGAUCUUCAGCAUGGUGCCUUAUGCCACUGUUUGUCAGACGAUGUGUGCCUGCUUCCAUGUAGCCUGGAUUGAGGAUAUACCCAGUAGAUUUGUUUUGUUAUGUGCCGAUAGGAUUUUGUGUGAAUGACGGAGUCGUUGUCUUAUUGACUCUGAGGAUGUACUGUACUGUGUGCUGUCUCCUGUACUAAGGAACAUCAGUUUGCUGAGUGUUCAAAAGCCCUUCUGAUGCCUGCAUUUAUUUACCAUGCCAUUCCUUUCUCUAAUAUUUACCUCCUUGAUGUUGUGUAUCAUCUCAUUUACAGUAUACCCCUGUCUGUUUCUUUUAGAAUAAAGUAAACAGAGACAUAAAUUAUGA